AUGGCUGAGCGCAUCUUGAUGAAUGAAUUCAAGACCUUGGCCCAGGAGCCCUGGGUCAAUAUCGAGCUGGACAACGAUGACAUCUUCAACUGGACUGUUGGCUUGAUCGUUGUCAACCCAGAUUCCCUCUACUACGGAGGCUACUUUAAAGCUGCCAUGAAGUUCCCCAAGAACUAUCCAUACUCUCCUCCCGAAUUCCGCUUCCUCCACCCUCUCUACCAUCCAAAUAUUUACCCCGACGGCAAGCUGUGCAUCUCCAUCCUCCAUUCCCCCGGCGAGGACGAAAUGUCCGGCGAACUCGCCUCAGAGCGCUGGUCCCCCGCCCAACGUGUCGAAUCCGUCCUGAUCUCCAUUCUCUCCCUCCUUGAUGACCCCGAAGUCUCGUCCCCUGCAAAUGUUGACGCUGGGGUUCUUCUCCGCAAAGAACCCGAAAAGUACAAGGCCAUCGUCCGCAACUGCGUGGAGGCUUCUAAAGCAGAUAUCCCAGAGCACUUUGUCAUGCCUACGCAUCAGACCUCAGUAUCCGCAGUGAAACAGCCUGAAUUGGAUGAUUCCGAUUUCUGGGUCGAAAGCGAUGUCGAUGACGAUGUCUUUGGCGGGAGUGAUUCAGAUGAGGCCCUGGAUUCGGAUGACCGUGAUACGGGCAGUGAGGAUGAGGACGACCACGAGCGGGUUUGAUCGAAGUUUUCGCUCACUCGCCUAGUAUUAAAUUUCGGGUUAAAGGAGCUUUCAGCGACGGCUUUUGGGAGGGCAUGAGGCGUUUCCGUGUUCAUCUUGUAAUUUGGCAUAGCGCUGGCGCAUCUCGGUGACAUACGCAUUUCCGGUACUUAGCAUCGCAUCUUUCCUUGAGAAUUUAGUCGUAUUUCGUUAUAGAUCUCCUGUUUUUUUUUCCCCCUCUUCACUGUGGUUCCGCAGCCCAGCCCAUAGUUUACGUCGCUCCCGAAUCAAGCUUUAAUCAGGAUUGUAUUGUAAAAUAAAAUUGAUCCCGUGUAUGGAGUACCAGAAAUAUGAACUACUACAAAUUGACCCAUGGUUGCAAAAAGUCGUCCCAAAGCAACAAAGAAAAAAAGAGAACCAACAAAAACAGCACACGUUAUGGAAAUAUAGGGU